AUGCCGUCUCUUCUAUUAAUUGUCCUUGUCGUUGAAGCGGCCGUUCAUAUUAUCAACCUAGUCGGCGCUGCGACGUUGAACAACCUGAUAUGGACAGCAAUCAACUACCUCCCGGUACCCACGGCCAAAGCUGCGAGCGAGCAGCGUAAGCUACAGGCAACAUAUCUCAAAGCCCGAAACGAGUUGAAUGCGACCAGCAGUCAGGAUGAAUUUGCCAAGUGGGCAAAGCUCCGCCGACAACACGAUAAGCUCCUCGAACAGCUUGAGAAUGCCAAAAAGGGACAGGAGGCAUCUCGAGCCAGCUUCGACAAGUAUCUCAACGCCGUGCGCAUUCUGUUGACGAGAGCACCACAAUAUAUCAUCCCAUUUUGGUACUCCAGGGAGCCCAUGUUCUGGCUUCCUCACGGCUGGUUCCCUUACUACGCCGAGUGGAUUAUUUCAUUCCCUCGGGCGCCGUUGGGCAGCGUGAGCAUUGCUUCAUGGCAGUUGGCCUGCACAGGCAUGAUUACAUUAAUUAGCGACGUCCUCCGUGGUCUGUUUUCGCUUGUCGUCUCGGCCACAGCACAAAAGCCAAAGCAAAAGGAAGCCCCCAUAAAGGCUGCUUCUAGCACAAAGACAGAAAAGGCCGAGGGCGAGAAGGAGAGCAAGGUUAAGCAGCGAAAGAAGGCUGCAGCUUCUGACGAGAAGGAGCUCUGA